AAACGCGGAGGCUCGCGGGGAGAGGCAGAGAAGGAGGCAGAGUGCCCCGUGUGUCGUUCAUCGCCCCCCCCCCUCUCUCUCUCUCUCUCUCUUUCUUUUUCUUAUCUUCCUUUCCCUCUCGCGCCUCCACCCUCCACGCGUCGUGUCGUUUUACGCGUGUAUGACCAACUUAUUUAUUUUGCGCCCUUGUGCUCGCUCGUCGCGACGACGACGGCAGUGCUAACGCGAAUGCACCCGACGCGUCAUAAACAUCAUUCCAUAACCUACUUGGAGCUUACGACAUGACACGACACGGCGCGUCGACUGUAAAUAAUAAUCCCGCAUCUCUUUAGAGUCGUUCGCCAAUCCAGGCAGCUCUCGAAUCCCGAGGACGUGUGCAUUCGUUCCAUCAGCCUGUUUUUUUGCAGCUGAACAACAGUGUACUACCCCCGUAUUUUAAAAUUGAAAUAGAUAACGUUUGGUGAUGAAAAGAGGGAGAACGGACCUCAUGUCCGCGCUGGCGAGGAAGAGACUCCACGAGACUUGUGCUCGUUUCACAACUAUGGAUGAGAAGUAUGUAGAGAGCAUCUGGGCCUUACUGAAAAGCGCUAUCCAAGAGAUACAGAAGAAAAAUAACUCGGGCCUCAGUUUUGAAGAACUUUAUCGUAAUGCUUACACGAUGGUUCUUCACAAGUACGGCGAACGAUUAUAUACAGGAUUGAAAGAAGUCGUAACGCAACAUCUUGAAAACAAAGUGCGAGAGGAUGUUCUUCGUUCCCUGCACAAUAACUUCCUGCAAACUUUAAAUCUAGCGUGGAACGAUCACCAAACGUCAAUGGUGAUGAUCAGGGAUAUCUUGAUGUACAUGGACAGAGUGUAUGUUCAACAGAACGAUGUAGACAAUGUGUAUAAUCUUGGAUUAAUUAUUUUUCGAGAUCAGGUGGUCAGAUAUGGAUGUGUUAGAGAUCACUUACGCGAAACAUUAUUAGGUAUGGUCGCUAGGGAAAGAAGAGGUGAGGUUGUAGAUCGUAGCGCUAUAAAAAAUGCCUGCCAAAUGUUAAUGUUACUUGGAAUUAACAAUCGCCAAGUUUAUGAGGAAGAUUUUGAAAGGCCUUUUUUACAACAAAGUGCUGAGUUUUAUAGAAUGGAAUCUCAAAAAUUUCUGGCAGAAAAUAGUGCAUCGGUAUACAUAAAAAAAGUUGAGGCUAGAAUCUGUGAAGAAUCUGAAAGGGCAAAACACUAUUUAGAUGAAUCCACUGAAUCACGGAUAGUAGAAGUAGUAGAAGAAGAAUUAAUCAAAAUACACAUGAAAACCAUUGUUGAGAUGGAAAACAGUGGUGUAGUGCACAUGCUCAAAAAUCAGAAAACAGAAGAUCUUGGAUGUAUGUACAAACUAUUUUCAAGAGUGUCUGAUGGAUUGCGCACCGUGUGCGACUGUGUAUCUCAAUUUCUUAGAGAACAAGGCCGCGCAUUAGUGCAAGAAGAGCACGAAUCAACCACAAAUGCCGUUCUUUACGUCCAAAACUUGUUAGAUCUAAAGGAUCGUUUUGAUCAUUUUCUACAUUAUUCUUUCAAUAAUGACAAAAAUUAUAAGCAGAUGAUAGCAUCGGAUUUUGAAUACUUCCUUAACUUAAAUCCUAAAAGCCCGGAAUAUCUGUCACUAUUUAUCGAUGACAAAUUGAAGAAAGGUGUUAAAGGAAUGACAGAACAGGAGAUUGAAGGGAUCCUAGAUAAAACUAUGGUUUUAUUCCGUUUCUUACAAGAAAAGGAUGUAUUUGAACGGUACUAUAAACAACAUUUAGCCAAACGAUUAUUGUUGAAUAAGUCUGUUUCUGAUGAUAGUGAAAAGAAUAUGAUAUCCAAACUUAAGACUGAAUGUGGAUGUCAGUUCACAUCAAAGUUGGAAGGCAUGUUUAAGGAUAUAACAGUCAGCAAUACUAUUAUGGAUGAGUUUAAGGAUCAUGUCCUUACAUCUGGCACAAAUCUACAUGGUGUGGAUAUAAGUGUUCGGGUGCUCACAACUGGUUUCUGGCCAACGCAAUCGGCUACUCCAAAAUGCAGUAUGCCCACUGCUCCUCGUGAUGCCUUUGAUGCCUUUCGGCGCUUCUACCUGGCUAAACAUAGUGGCCGACAAUUGACGCUACAACCACAACUAGGCUCUGCUGAUUUGAAUGCUGUAUUCUAUGGACCACGGAGAGAAGAAAGUAAUUGUGGAGGUUUAGAUACUCCAUCGUCUUCGAGUUCUAUUGGAAAUGGUAGUAGCGCAAGCGGUAGCAGCCAGAUGAGUCAGCGAAGCAACUUGUGCAGUACACCACGAAAGCACAUAAUACAAGUUUCCACUUACCAAAUGUGUGUGUUAAUGCUGUUUAAUAAGAGAGAAAGGUUAACAUAUGAGGAAAUUCAAGGUGAAACCGAUAUUCCAGAGAGGGACUUGGUUAGAGCAUUACAAUCUCUUGCCAUGGGUAAAGCUACACAAAGAAUUUUACUUAAACACCCUCGUACCAAGGAAAUCGAAUCUACGAACUGUUUCUGUGUGAACGACAGUUUUACCAGCAAACUACAUAGGGUAAAGAUUCAAACUGUAGCAGCGAAGGGAGAAUCUGAACCUGAGAGAAGAGAGACGCGCAAUAAGGUCGAUGAAGACCGAAAACAUGAAAUUGAAGCAGCCAUCGUACGAAUUAUGAAAGCCCGAAAGCGUAUGUCUCACAACAUACUGGUAACAGAAGUAACAGAUCAGUUAAGAGGUCGAUUUUUACCUUCACCUGUAAUAAUUAAGAAACGUAUUGAGGGCUUAAUCGAACGAGAAUAUUUGGCUCGUACACCGGAAGAUCGAAAGGUGUAUACAUAUGUUGCUUAAUGCUGAAUUUUCAAUAUUGGAUGUGUACAAACAUGCUAUAUAUGAUCGGGAAAAUUAUCGAAAACGAUAAAAUAUGGAUUACGGUCGGUAUUACAAAUACAAAAACAAAAAUGUAAAGAAUGGGCCAUGAAAACUGUAAGAUGCUAUUAUGCUUAUUUACAUUCAUUAAAAUAUCUAAUUUGAGUUAUGGUCGUCUUGCGCUUGUUAUCAUGGAACAUCCCUGUAAUUGAAAUGAAUAGUAAGAUAUUCUUUUGAUAAUUGACUAGUUUGGUGGAAAAGGUCGAUGUGUCAAAGGAAUGAUGCACUUAGAUCUAAAUCAGGGAGGCAUUAUAAUUUUUUAUAAUAACGGAGAUUAUAUCUUUUCUCCAACUCUUUACAUUUCAAUUACAUGCGCAUUUGUUUGACUUACACUUGUAUUACAAUACACAUGUAAUACAUGUGAGUACUCAUUAUAACAAAUAUGUAUUCUAAAUCAGAUAGAUUUUAGUUAAUAUACGUUUCUAAGAUGCGAAAUGCAAUUGAGUUAUUAAAAAUUCGCAUUGAUAAUACCGCAAUUAGAAACUUUUCUACACUUGUAAGACUGUGAUUGUCUAUAACUACUAUCUGAAUAUAUCGUGAAUUUAGAAAGAAAAAUGGUACAUUUACAUAUAGUUUUAUUUACGUUGAUGUCCAUCAAUUAUAUAUGUAAAUAAGUGAUGUGAAUGUAUUAUUAAGAAUAUAUUUGUCUCAUUUCCAACAACUCAAUAUUAUUUUUGAAGUCUCCACAAAUCCUUAAAUAUAAAUCAUGUUUAUUCGUUUUAUGCGAAGCACAUCCAUUAUAUGUAAGCAUUUAAUUUUUAUCCACCAAGUCUAAUUUUAAUAUAUAUUAAUUAAGAUAUGCUUUCAUGCUAUAUAUUUUGUAUUUAUAUAAAUAUAUAAUUUGUAACUACGUAGCGAUAAACAUGUACAUUCUCCAAUAUUAACAAACAUAAUAGCUUCCGCCUCUUCCACCUAGCUUCUCAAUUAUUUUGUUGCAAUUUAAUUCAAUACCGACCGUUUUUGGUACAACAUAGAAUAUUUAUUAUAGUAUGCCAAAAGUGGGAUCUACGAAUCUGUAAGAGGUGCAGAAAUUUGUUAACAGGGAUAAAAUGUGCGCAUGAGAUUAAAUAAAGACGAAAAUCUUAAUAAAAUAGCGAAGAAUUCAAUUCAAACAUGUAUUGCACAGUUUCACGUGUAGUGAAGAAAGGCGAAUGUGAUUGGUAUCGUGUUUUUAUUUUUUAUUUGUAUUCUUUAUUUAUUAAGAUGGAGUUUUAAUAUUUAAAUGAAGGUUUUACCCUUUCUUAUGCAGAACUAAAUAAAAUUAAAAUUCUAUUAA